AUGGUUAGGCUUUCUGGAGUAGAUCAAGAAAAUGGUGCAAGCCUUCCAAUAUUUCAGGGUAAUUCUGGGAUGACAUUCAUGAUUGGCAUGAUAGCUGCUUCAAUCUCAAUGAUGGCGAUCGUCAUAUUUGCCUGUGCCAAAUCCUCCACAAAACGUAAGAGUAAUAAUAAAAAUCCUUAUAGUGGCGUUAGUAAAACUUCAGCUAAAACUGAUGUUGGUGAAAGUAAAGCUCAAAAAAAUUCUGCUACCAGCCGUUCAUCAGUUGGAGAAAUAUCAGUUAGUGCUGCAGAAACAACGACUUUUGUAGAUAUUCCAGCCAUGGAUGAUGUUUGCAAUAAUAAUAAUAACGGUGAGAAAAAUACUCGAUGCCAUGGUGGCGACACUACGAAAACUGGUGGUGACGAUGGUAGCAAAAAUAAUAAUGCAAGUAGUGGGGAUAGUCAUGCUACAAUUAAUAGUAGCAACCAUGGUACUGACAAAAAUGUAACAAGUGGUGACACUAAUAAUAUGGGUGGAGGUCAUACCCAUGCUAGCACAGAUACAACUAGUGGUGGAGGUGGUGGUUGGAGCAAUGAUCACAGUGGUAGCAGUUGGGGUGGCGGCGAUCAUGGAGGUGGUUUUGGUGGUGGUGGUGGUGGUGGUGGUGGUGAUGCUGGUGGUUUUAGUGGUGGAGGUUGGUGA